CCCUUUUCUUCGUUACUAUACCAUUCCAUCACACUUCCCUAUACUACUACUACUACUACUAAAACUAUUUCCACUAUGGACUCCUCCAAGUCCUCCUCUCUUCUCUUUUUAUGCAUCCUUCUUAUUUCCUUGGCCGCUCCCAGUUUGGGUUGCGGCUCCUGCGGCGGUGGAGGCGGAGGCGGACAGGCCCCCGGUGGAGGAUCGGCCACUGUACCACCGGUGACCGUCCCCAAACUGCCCGUUCCACCUGUCGCCGUACCCAAAUUGCCCCUUCCACCUGUUGCCGUACCCAAAUUGCCAUCAUUACCACCGGUCGCCGUACCCAAAUUGCCCCUUCCACCGGUCGCCGUACCAAAAUUGCCCCUUCCACCGGUGGCCGUACCCAAAUUGCCCCUUCCACCGGUGGCCGUACCCAAAUUGCCCGUAGGUGGAGUGAGCCCACCAACAGGCCCAAGUGGAAAGUGCCCACCAGGAGGAAGCCCAGGAACCACAACCCCACCGAAAGGCCAGCCCUCAUGCCCAAUUGAUAUCUUGAAGUUGGGUGCAUGUGUGGACCUUCUUGGUGGGCUAAUCCACAUUGGGCUUGGUGAUUCAAAGAGCAAAUGUUGCCCAAUCUUGCAAGGACUGGCUGACGCAGACGCAGCAGUUUGUUUGUGUACAUCACUUAAAGUUAAACUUCUUAACCUUAAUUUGUAUGUUCCAGUUGCCCUUCAGCUUCUCCUCAGUUGUGGCAAGAAUCCACCUCCUGGCUUCAAUUGCUCUGUUUAAAUGGUUGCUAGAUGAAUUAAGAUUGAACGAAUGGAUGAAUUUGACAUCAAAGGAUGUCGAGCAACCAUCUAUCCAAGCCCUUCUCUUGUAAUCUUUCGGAUUUAUUAAUUCUUGUUGAUUGGAAUUUGGUAGGAUGUUAUUUUGGUAAAUUAUUGAGUACAAAUAUUAUUUGUAAUGACUCAUAUGUUAUGAGUUCAAACAUUGCUACAUUCACUUGUAUUAUGUGUUUAUUAUCACCAUAUGUUAUUAUUUUAAUCAAGUAAUAUUCAAUGGUACGUCCCUUUAA